AUGCCACCAAUUCGCAAUAAAAACCGGAAAAAUUUAGAUGAGCAAGAGGGACGAAUCUUAUUAGCAAUUUCCGAUUUACAGAAUGGCCGAAUUCAACGUGUAGCUCAAGCUGCAAGGAUUUACGAGAUCCCCCGGACAACUUUACAAGAUAGACUCAAUGGUAUUCAACAAAGAUCUCUCGUACGCGCCAACAGCCAUAAAUUGACUCAAUAUGAAGAGGAAUCGCUUGUCAAAUGGGUGCUUGAUUUAGAUCGACGUGGAUUACCCCCCCGGCAUUCUCUUGUACGAGAAAUGGCUAAUUAUAUACUUUCACAACAUGGCAAACCACAAGUUGGAAAAAAUUGGAUAACUAAACUGAUUAAACGCCGUCCAGAGAUCGAUUCCAAAUUCGCAAGGAAAUACAACUACGAACGUGCUAAAUGCGAAGAUCCAAAGAUAAUACAAGAACAUUUUGAUCGCGUACAAGCUGCUAUAUCUGAGUACGGCAUCUUACCGGAAGAUAUAUUCAACUUUGAUGAGACUGGCUUUGCUAUGGGACUCUGUGCAACUGCAAAGGUUAUUACUGGAAGCGAUCGAUAUGCUCAGCCGAAGCUUUUACAGCCUGGAAAUCGAGAAUGGGUGACUGCAAUUGAAGCAACAAAUUCAACUGGAUGGGCUGUGCCUUCGUACGUGAUUUUCAAAGCAAAGAAAAACGUACGAGAAGGCUGGUUUGAUGAUCUUCCAGAUGAUUGGCGAAUCAAUAUUAGCGAUAAUGGCUGGACUACAGAUCAGAUAGGAUUAGAAUGGCUUAAAACCCAUUUUAUUCCCUAUAUUAAUGGUCGUACGGUUGGAAAAUAUCGAAUGUUGAUUCUUGAUGGCCAUGGAAGCCAUUUGACACCAGAAUUUGACCAUAUAUUCUGUAUGCCACCUCAUUCUUCGCAUCUCUUACAGCCUCUUGAUGUUGGCUGUUUUGCUGUUUUAAAGCGACAUUAUGGGCAGCUUGUUGAGCAACGAAUGAGGCUUGGUUUCAAUCAUAUUGAUAAAAUGGACUUCUUAACAGCAUUUCCACAGGCUCGUACAGUGGCAUAUAAAGCUCAAACUAUUCGGAAUAGCUUCGCAGCCACUGGAUUAGUGCCUUUCAAUCCAGAUCGAGUUAUACAACAGCUUAAUAUUCGAUUGAAGACACCAACCCCCCCUCCAAGUCGAUCAAGCAAUACGGCAUCAUCCUGCUUACAAACACCUCAAAAUAUACGCCAAUUUAUACGCCAGUCGACUACAAUCAAUAAACGUAUAAAUGAGCGUACAGAAAGCAACCAAAAUCAAGAAAUCAAUCAGGCAGUUGUACGGUUGUCAAAAGCCUACGAAAUGAUAGCGAAUGAUGUUUUACUCGUACGGAAAGAGAACUACGAUUUACGAGCUGCACAUGAGAAAGAGAAGCAAAAGCGCCAAAAAUCUAAAAAGCAAAUAUCUAUUGAGCAAGGGGUUACUAAAGAAGAAGUGCAAGCGCUCGUACAAGGUCAGGUUGAGGCAUCCCAUGCUGUUACUACUACUCCGGCUGAGCCGGAGCUCCCAGCUUCUCAAGCAGUCGUACGCCGCCAAUAUCGCUGCAGUGGUUGUAACGUUAUGGGGCAUAGAAUUAACCAAUGCCCUAGUCAUAUUAGUAGUUAGAUUUUUGUAUAUAAUUUGUAUGUGGCUUUGAAAAUUGGGAUUUGAAAUCAAUAUCGCGUACGCGCUCGGGAAAAAAUGCCGGCUCGGUAGUGGUGCCGCUUCGGUGGUGAAUUACGUUAAACAAUACGUAUAAGGAACUAGGUCUAUUGUCCGGC